AUGACAAUUAGAACAGCCCGUCCAGACCGGGGACAACGUUUCUGGCCCCGUGUACACUGCUUGAAAAAGCUGGAGGCCAUUGUGGUGGAGAUGCAGGACCCAAAGAGCGGAGUUAAGGGCUCGGAGCAGAAACUCAACGUCACUGUCAUCCCCCAUGUCAUCACUGGUCAGGACGUCAUUGCAUGGAUCACCAACAAGCUGAAGAACACUACAGAAGAGGCUCAGGCCUUUGGCACCAUGCUAGUGGCCUAUGGCUACAUCUACCCCCUGCAGAACCACAACAAACUGGUCAUGUGCAACGACAGCAGCCUCUACCGCUUCCAGACCCCGUACUUCUGGCCUACACAGAAAUGGGUUGCAGAGGACACCGACUAUGCCAUUUACCUGGCAAAGAGGAACAUCCGCAAGAAAGGCGUACUAGAACCCUACGAACAGGCACAUUACAACCACCUCCAUGAAUGGCUGAACCACAAGUGGGACUUUAUCGUCAUGCAGGCCACCGAGCAGUACAAGGCUGGUAAGGAGAGGAAGAAGCCGGAUCGCGUGGUGUUUGAUUGCCAGGAGAGGUCUUACUGGAUGGUGAACAGGCCACCGCGUCGUACUCACAGUGCUAUGGAUUAUGGUCCAGAGCGUCUUAUUAAUCCCAACGUAGAUGAGAACAUCACCUUCGACAUUUACAGACGCAUGAACAUGUUCUAUCAACAAGCCAUCAUGAGGUCAAAGGUCAAAUCUAGCGUGUCCCUUGGAGCACUGGUCAAGUACAUCACAACCUACAAAAACCACGACCCGUUCCUGGCUCCCUGUCUACCCAGCAACCCUUGGCAAACAGAUAAUGAUACAUAUUGGACUCUCAACAUGAGAAGAGUUGAUGUCCCCACUAAGAUGCGAGUAGAGCGCUGGUCCUUCAGCUUGUUCGAGCUGCUGAGUGACCUGCGAGGCCGAGACGACUUCAAGGUCUUCCUCAAGAAGGAGUUCAGUGGGGAGAACUUGGCUUUUUGGGAGGCAGCUGAAGAACUGAAGUGGGGCACUGCAUCUUCCAUGUCAACAAAAGCUGAGACCAUCUUCAAGACCUUCCUGGCCCCUGGUGCCCCCCGCUGGAUCAACAUUGAUGGCAGGACAAUGGGUCUGACAGUGAAAGGCCUGGAUCAUCCUCACCGCUACGUGCUGGAAGCUGCACAGACACACGUCUUCAUGCUCAUGAAAAAGGAUACCUUCUUCCGUUACCUCAAGUCACCGGUGUACAAAGACAUCCAGAAGCAGGCACUGAGCCCUGAGCCUCAUAACUUCAGUCCGGCCCAGCUUGAGCAAAAUGCUCGGACCCGAAGCCUAGGCAUCCAUCCCAUCAUCCUCUGGCAGCAAGAGGAGGAGGAAAAGGCCAAGGCCGCCGCUGCCUCCGCUCCUGUCGAUGUCAAGGCCAUGAUGAGCAAAAUAGACAGGAAGAAGUAGAGUUAUACUGUGGACGUGUGUGUGUGUGCGUGUGUGUGUUCAGGGUUCUACAUGUCAUGUCACACACAAAGUACCAACACAGGAAUACACUGUACAGAAGGAUUUGCUUAGGUCUUCAGUAUCAUGCCAAUGUUAGUGUUUUAGCAAAUAAUCAAAUGAAAAAAAAAAUCCCAUUUACUUUAGGUUGUUGAACAGGCCUUCUAGACACAGGCCCAGAGGCAAAACGACCACAAAGACCCAAAACGACCACUUUUUAGAAAGUGAUAGUUACAGGAGACUUACUAUAAGUAUGUUGUUUCUAUAUACAUCAUAUGACUUAUAUAGAAAAUUUGU